AUGUCUUGUUCUUCAGUAAAAGAAUUGUGCGAUGUCAGCAAUCGGUUUCUCAUAGAACUAUUCCAUUGCCACGCGAAAGAUGAUAUAUAUCCUGGAGAAGGAAUCAUCAACAUGUUGUUCGAGGCCGGCUGCAGAGCCGAGCCUACGUUUGGUGAAGACGGUAGGGCAGUGCUGCAGCUCACGACUGCAAUACAUUCAAUAGCAAGGCACCACGCGAAUGAUUCCGGGCAAAAGUGGAAUAGGACCAUCAAGGAACUAUUUCGAGUUGUAUACAACAGAUACGACUUGAAUUACGUCGACCAGAACGGCCUGUCGCAUUUCCAUGUGGCUUGCAUGUUCGGCUGCGAGGCAGUGGUGAUGAAAUUUUUCGAUGCCGGUCAACAUCCCGAUUGUCUACCUAGUGAACCAACCACGCGCUCACUCCAAGUCACUCCGCCGAUACAUUUAGCUCUGGAGUACGAGCACUACGAAUUGGUGGAGUUGCUACUGUUAAACGGCGCCGAUUCGAACGCUUUGGACAAAGUGGGCCAUUCACCACUGUAUUACGCCGUGAUUAGAUUGUUGCCGAAUGUGGUCGAUCUACUUCUGGAUCGAGGGGCUGAUCUAACGACCUUCGUUUUUCCUCUUCGAUGUAUAUACAAGCGAUUUUGUACAAGAAUGAAGAAAAGUAUGGUUACUUACAACUUAGCAGAAGUGUCUAGUGUUAUAGUUAUCCUUGAAAGCCUACAAGACCACGGCUACACGCUGACGCGAAGCGAGGCCUUAACUAUCUUUCAAUUUUUCAACAAGUUCAGAUUUUUCCAGCAGUCGUGUGGAAUCAAGGAUCAUCUCGAGAAGCAAAAGUUCGUGAGCAUGGCCAAGCGAACGAUGAUAAAUCCGAGUGUGUCGCUUUACCAACUGAUCAAGCUGUCACAACAUAAGCCCUCCAAACGAGUCACGUAUCAAGAUUACUUGGAGUUUGCGAACUCGGAGGAACAUCGAAACAUGUAUAGCAGAAAGGAUUGCGACGCCUACCUGUGCAAAAUAUUGGCGAAGAAGUUUUUCCGGCGAUGGGCACCUUUUCCAGGCUUCAAGCAAUUAUUGCAACCAUCUCACAUUUAUUCUCCGACUCAUCUUUUAAAAAUCAGGCAAGCUAACAGUUUUGAGCAAGCGACAUUUUUGGUUUGUCUAUUGCUAGGAUUGGGCUACGACGCUUACGUCGUUAGUGGAUACGCUUCGCGUGAAGUAAGCUUAUGCGACAGACGAAACCACGUGUGCCCUUAUUUGCCGCCAUCAGAACUCAAAGUUACGGAAGAGGUUAAUGUGGAUAAAAGUAAAUAUCGACCUAAAUCGCCACCAGACUUUAGUAGUAAAUUUUUGAAAGCAAUCGAAGACGAUCGAAUACGAAAAGAAGAAGAGGAAAUCCAUCGUAAAGAAGAGGAAAGACAACGAAUGAUUGUGGAGCUGGAAAGACCUAAGCCUGACCAGCUUUUUGGUCAACGAGUUCACGCAUGGGUGCUAGUACUCCCUAAUGAACAGAACACAAAUAUUAAGGAGCCAACUUUUAUUGAAGCCUCGACUGGAUCAAUUCAUAAAACAGUAGAUCCUAUGACAGCUAAUUCGUACCUCGGUAUCGAAAGUAUCUGGAAUGGAUGCAAUUAUUGGGUUAACAUGCAGGAUUGCAGCGAGGCUUGCACAAAAUUAAAUUGGGAUCUUAGUAAUCCGAAGUACUGGGAGCAUUUAUUAGCUGGAGAACCCGCAAAUAUGAGAAAUAUUGAUGACGACGACAAUGAGGAAGAGAGUGAAGAAGCAAAAAUACGUCGUGACUUCCACAUGGUGAUGCCUGCAUCAUAUGUCGAUCGCAUUGAAAUUCCGUACAAAAAUUACGAAGAACAGUAUCCUUGUGGCCACAAAACAAUUCUUUAUAAAAAAGCUAAGGUUGAACUUUUCAGUCCGUAUUCUCGGACCGAUGGAUUGAUAGAAUCUGUAACACUCUACGAAGAUUAUGAUUAUAAAACAGCAACAACUGUAUAUGAGAAAUUUUCUAACCGAGAAGAUCAUCUCAUAAAAACCGAAAAAUACUUAUUCAAGGAUAUUGUUGUCGAUCAUUAUGAAAUAGGUCGAUCAGAUAAUUGCAAGCGUCACCAAUAUGGAUUGAACAGCCGAUGUGUCGCCGAUGAAGAAAGAAUUCUCGAGUUUCACGACGGUAAAAGGCUUGACGAACUAUUUCGUAUACAUAUGCAACCUUUGUGUUUGACCCAAGAAUACAAAAAUCGUGAAGAUCGAUUACAUCACCGUUUUGCUGAAUAUAAUCCAUUCAACGAUGGUAAUGUUGAUCAAGAUGUAAAUUAUCGCUCGAUAUUGAAAAUUGUCGAAAAAUUUGAAAGAAAUGAAGAAAUUUCAGAUUUUCAAGAUGUUUACAUGAGAGAAUUUGAUUUUAUUGAAAAUGAAAUUAGACUAACAUACCACUACAGAGGUGGUCAAUAUACUCAAGCUACCCGAACAUUUUUGAAGCCUCCAGUUUCCGAAAGAGGUGAUCGCCUGGUAUUCUUGCCUGAAAUGACUCAUGGCUACGACCCGGAUCCAAUGGCGCCUACUCUGAAUUUUGACGAUUUGAUUAUUGAGCUCGAAAAACAAUUGCAUGAAGAAGAGGUUUCGACGAUAGAAGUACGUGGAUGUGAGUCGGAAAUACAUCAAUUUUUGCAAGUUCGAUCUAAAGAGUACUCCAAACCUAAAUUAAAAAUUUCUAAAUUCGAUCCGAUUCGAAAUCAAAAGGCAAAACAUGGGCUAGCAGCAAAGGAAGAAAAAAUGUUGGCUCAAAGCAUGCGUGAAGUUGAAAAAGAUAUCGAUUUUUUGAGUCCUUACUUUGCACGACUAGGAAAAGUUGAACGCUUGUCCAAAAAAGAAGCUAUGCAAAUCAAAGAAAAUUGCAUUAACGAUUUUAAGCAGAUUUCAAUUGAUAGAGCUAAUAGUAUAUUACGAGAUUUUAAAAACUGUAAUAAGGAAUUAGAAAAAUUACAAACUUUAUUGACUCGGCAAUCUGUUCAUUUGAAUAAAGAGGAUAAGGAACUUUUGUUUGAACAAGCGAAUGAAAUGAAUAGAAAAAUGAUAGCUAUGGAGGUAAGAUUAAACCGACAUCGGGAAUUAGUUCCAAAAAGAUACCGUAAACUCAUAGAAACUCUCAACGAUAGUAUUCAGCUUUCUGAUAUUGUACGCGAUCAAUAAAAUAAAACAAAAAUUAAAUUGAGGUUGUA